AUGGCCCGUACUAUGGAACCACUAGCAAAGAAGAUCUUUAAAGGGGUUUUGGUAGCUGAACUUUUAGGCAUUUUUGGAGCAUAUUUUUUGUUUAACAAGAUGCACAGAAGCCAAGAUUUUAGGCAAACAAUGAGCAAGAAAUUUCCCUUCAUCUUGAAAGUUUAUUACAAAUCCCCUGAGAUGUCUGGAAUGUACGGAAUCAGAGAGCUAGAUGAAAAAAAAUGGUUGGAGGGCAAAAAUUAG